ACCAGCUACUUCAUUGGCCCCAAUCAUCACCAUGAAGUCUGGAAGCCUCUUCUUCUUCAUGGCAUUCCUUGCCAUUGGGUUCCUAACAGUUUCUGGGACCCGAAACGCUGCUAAAGGAGGUAAAGUGAAAUCAGGGAGCUGCCCCCUAGACAAUGUCCGCUGUUUUAAAGAAGAUCCUGCAGAGUGCAACAAUGAUGAGCUGUGCCCUCGAGAACAGAAAUGCUGUUAUUACCAUUGUGGUUUCAAGUGUGUGAAUCCUCGUGAAACAGAGGAUCCAGCUGUAUCAAAACCAGGCAAAUGUCCAACUGUCCAUAUACGAUGCACGAUGAUAAACCCCCCAAAUGCCUGUGAGAAUGAUGGGGAGUGCAAAGGUCGUCUGAAGUGCUGUACAGGAGCGUGUGGGAAAACCUGCAUGGCCCCAGAAGCUGUAUCAAAACCAGGCAAAUGUCCAGCUGUCCGUGGACAAUGCAUGAUGGAAAACCCCCCAAACGCCUGUGAGAAUGAUGGGGAAUGCAAAGGUCGUCUGAAGUGCUGUACAGGAAUGUGUGGGAAAAUCUGCAUGGCCCCAAAAGAUUGAUUUCUACUUCAAGCUGAGGUGGUUGGACUCAUAUAUCUGGAUCCCAAGAUGGCAACACUAACUCACUCUUGGCCCCUGUAACUCCAAGAAGUGGGGUUAUCUGUGGGAGAGCAUCUCCCAUGGAUCAGAACAAUCACCAAGAACUGGAUGUUGGAGGGUCUUUUCUUCUUCUCUGUGUUACUACAUGAAAAAUGCUCCAGGCUUAGUUGAAGGCCUGGUUAUAUCUAUUCUUACAAUCCAACUUGAUAUAGGAAUUUAUAUGUAGUAGGGACUGACUGAAUCUCUGUUGUUGUAACCUUUAUCAUAAUCCUUAAUGCAAAAUAAAAAAAAAAAACUGAUCUACAUGAGGAGGGAUAGAAAUGUUUUAUGUUUGACAAAAUGCAAAGUCUUUGAUGUCAACCUUUGUUUCCUUCUGUCUUUGUUUCUCCAGCCCAG